AUGGCUAUGCAAGAUGAACUUAUUCUGAUUGACCAGCUCGAGGACCAGCUUAUUGAUAAUCCGGAUGCAUCCACGAAAAAGGAGUUGUAUGAUACAUCGCUAGAUGAAACAUUUCAGAAGAAGUUGAAUGCAAGAGCUGAACAGAUCGCCAAUCAGAAUAAUGAUGAAGAUAACGAAGAUGAUGCUCAAGGGAGGUCGAUAGCGAACAAUUACCUGUUUCUAGUCACUAAGACGCAUCUAGCUUAUGAUUAUCGUGACUAUGGAAGCUUGGAGAAUGAAUUGAGUGAAUGGUUUGCAUUCAAUGAUUUCAGUGUGUUAGGAGGAUUGCAGCGAAUUCUGGAGACGUAUGAUAAUCAUAAACAUCGCCUAGAUAUCAGUGAUAUAGAAUUGGUGGAGAAAUGUAUUUCGAAAGUUGAAUCUCAAGAUGGAAAGUCAUUAGAGUCAUUGGUUUACUUUGCACUCGGAAAAUAUAGGCAUUGCAAUGACAAGGAAAAGCAAUUGCAUUCGAUUAAUGAUAACUGCAAGGUGUUAUUUGAAAUGGGGUUAUUUGAGAAGUUGACUCUGAUAUUACAAACAUUCAUUGCUGGAAGAAUAGAGUCUGAUUCUAAAGAUGUGCAUCACUUAACAUUGUCAAAAAAUCUGGAAUCAAGGUACUUCAAAGCAUUGACAUUAUUUUAUUUCAUGAUAAAUGUGAUACUCGAAGACGACGAUCUCGUUAAUUUGAGAAAGUUACGUGAAUCCCUUGCAAAAUCUGAUAUACUUUCUGAUUUUAUUCGAUUUAUCGAGCACUGGAAAUGGAACCAUAAUAGAUCAUAUCGGGCCAGGUAUUUAUUCAUGAUAGUGUGGAAAUUGAUUCUAAUAGAAAUGGGAGAUAGCUCCCAUUUAUCUAAGGUAAAUGACUUUUUGAUCGAUAUGCAUGGAAUAGUAAAUAAAAGAGGUAAGGAUAUACCAUCAAAUAAGCUAACUUGUUCUCCGCUAGAUUAUUUCACGUUCAGAGAAGACUUGACGGAUAGAUUUCCGUUGUAUAAAGAUGAUGAAGCAAAGCUGCUUUCAAAAAGAGAUAUAUAUGAAUUCAGCGCCCUCAAAGAAGCUCUAGAAGAAGAUAAUAAAUCAAUUGAUAACGAAUACCAGUAUUUCAUGUCCAUGAAUAGUCAUUCCAAUUCGUUGUCAAACUUACUUGAAAAUCCAAGACCGAAUAAAUCGCAUACAAUUCUUAGUCAAUUGCCUGCGCAGACGGUACAUAUUGCAACACCAGUUCCAUCACCACCUUCAGCUCCAUCAGAUUACAUGUCUGGUGGUGAAAAGAUACGGAAACUGUAUCAAACUAACCAGGGUAUGCCAUUCAUUUAUCCAAAGACCAACGAAGCAGAAGUUCCUUACGCUAUAAAAGAGGCCAGUGAUAUCUUGAAGAAUUCGGUCUAUGAAAGUUACUCAAAUAAACAACUAUGGAAUGAAAGACAGAAAUUCAUGAUCCAAGAAAGAGGUUUUAUCGAUGAAUAUGAUGACGAUAAGUCAUAUCAAUUUGACGAAUUUGAAUAUAGUGAUGACUUAUUUGAGAAAUACCCAGACAGAAAGGAUGAGAUUCAUUCUCUCUUGAGGGUUGAAUCCUUCUAUAAAAAGAAUCUUUGUAGGUUCCAUUCGUUGGUUCUGAUAUUAAUUGAAACUAUGAAGUCGAACAAACUAGACUACAGCUUGAAUUUUGCUGAAUGGGAAUUGAAUCCGGAAAGUUCUCACUUCAAUAAUGAUAAAAAUGUCGACAUGAAAUCAAAAGCCAAAAUUGAUUUUGUCUUGAUGCAGCAACUAGAGGUGGUGAAAAUUAAGGAGAUUACAUUAAAGGCUACGAGUAGUAUAAUAAACCUCCUACUAAAAUGGUUUAAAACCAGUAAUGUUUUGAAAUAUUACUAUUUUUCAUCCAUAUUAUUUGACGAUCAAUAUUUCAAUGUAUUGUUUGAAUACAUGACUAGGGCGUUCAAUAAUAGUGACCUUCAAGAAUUCUACAAUAAUAAGGAUGGAAAAGAUGACCAUGAUAACGUUGUCGAGUAUGAAAUAUUGAUAAACCAAAACCAACUAAUGAAUCCACAGAUUAAAUUGCCCAGAUUUGAAUUUUUCAAUAACUGUUGCAAUGACUAUCCUAACGAUCAUAAAUACGAAUUCAUAAACAAAACGUCGAUACAGAAAUUACCCAAUGAAAUUGAUUCCAAUAAUAUUAGUAACAUAACCAUCAAAAGAUUCAACGAAAACUUCUGCUUUAUUUUGGUGAAUUUGCUCAACAUCACCAACAAAGUCUUGAUCAAAAACCUUACUCAGAGAAUCUUCACCUUAAAUGAAUUGAAACCAACUGAACUAUUCAAAAUCGUCUUGCUUAAUUAUGAUAACGAAUUUAUUAACAAGCCGAUUCUAAAAAUAUUGAAAAAAUUAAUACCAUAUCAAGGAAGGAAAUGGAAGUCGAUUAAUAUGGAUUUAAUUUCCAAAAUAUACCUUAAUUGCAGACUAGGACUCAGAGAUAACUGGUUAAGCGGAAAGGAUUUAGAGAAUGAUUUCAAUAACUCAUUUGAUCAAGAAAUUGCUUUACGAGCAUUAUUACAAUUUUACAAUAUCAAAAAUUAUCCUCUUCAAAUGGAAAGUCUUGGUUACCAAAUUUCGACAGAAGAGAUACCAAAUAUCAACUUAGAUGACAAUUUGGAGAACUUUGAUGUAUGA